AGAGCCUUGAAGCUGCAAAGAUCAGAACCAAUUCGAAAAGCAAUGCGUGACGACAAGGAGAUAUUGUUAGAUGGCGACAGUUACCGUGACAUUGUCGAGAUGGAUCACCCUGUUCAUGUGUCAAAUGAAGAACAGCAACAAGAUCCACCUGAACAUGUGUAUAUGUCAAUUGAAGAGCAGCCACCGGCAGAGUUGGACAUUCUUCAAGGCGAGUCUCGAUUUUCUAAAUUUCUGCACAAUUGGAACAGUGUGGGAAUUUGCCUAUUUUAUAAUCUAUGCAUGAUUGUGUUAGUGGUGGUAAUAUUUAUCUACAAGCGAAAGUAUUAA